AUAAAAAUAAAAAAAAAUUGUUCUUGAAUUGGUUAUUGCUAAAGUUCUUUCAAAACAGUAAACUGCAGGCAUACCUGCACGAACUUGUCAAUAACAGCAGUCGUUGUCUUCCCGAGGUCUUUAACUAUAGUAUGAAAAACUAUGAGCGUAUGUUAAAAAGAAAAAAGGCCUUAUAGGAAUUUCUCGGAAAUUCAAUAACCGUCAGCAACCGUCAAAAGCAUUAACAAAUCCCGAUGAGACGAAUAGUGAGCAAGGACAUCGAAAGUUAAUAGCUUUGUAAGUGAACAAAAUUCGGUUUUCAGUCACUGAAUGAAAGGUAUACUGAUAUAAUGUAGUGUAUUUUUGUACCUUAAUAAUUGUACCUUAAUGGCUCGAACAAUAAAAGUGAAAUUUAUGUUUUAUAAAAUAAUUUGAAGAAGUUUUUUUUCGAUGUGCUAUCAGAGACAAUACAUAACGCAGACUAAAAUAAGCGCUCUUCCUCGAAUGAACGUACCAACAUCGGUAUUUUGUGGGCAUGCGCCGUUGAUGAGAAAUAAAACAGAAUAAUUCAGUUGCUUUUCAUCGCAGUUCUUUUUUAUUCGCAGUAUAAGAAAGUCCGAUGGAUGAUAAAGAUGGUUUCGAGUAUGCGUUUGGCGUGUGUCGAAAGGAGCUUAUCAUAUUUGGCAUGUGGCCAAAACCAAAUGAUACAAUGGACCAUAAAGUGUUUGCCAUCUUUCGCUUGGUCCUAUGUAUAGCGUUAAAUUUUAUAUUUAUUAACCUUGUGCAAACCAUCCAACUCUUCAUUAUGUGGGGUGACUUAUUCGCGAUGACAGACAUAAUCUCUAAAGCGAGUUUGCCCAUUGGAUUGGUGCUGUUCAAAACAUUGGUCUUUAUCUACUACAGAGAAGCAUUACUACCUUUAUUAGCAUACGCAUCGUCCGACUGGAAGAAACCAAAAUCUUCAUUAGAGGCCGCAAAUAUGUGGUCGAAUGCUAGAACAGCUCGUCAGUUGUCGAUAACGUGUUUAUUUAUUGGUUUGUCUGCGGUAAAUUAUCACAUGGCUGUGAGAAUAUGCCAAGAACUAAGGAUAAUUCCAGGAAAGACUAAAGUUGAACGUGAACUCUACUUCAAUGCGUACUUUCCUUACAAUUAUACGGAGAGUCCUGCAUACGAGUUGACCUUUGCAAUGCAGUACUUUGCAACUGUACUAGCUACUUUCAGUUAUUCGGGUCUUUACGGGCUGUUCGUAGGAUUAAUGCUACACUUAUGCGGACAGUUUGCCAACCUUAGAGUUAAAAUGGACAAAGUAGCCAAACAAGCAGACAGUGCAAAAUUUCGACAAAAUUUGACGGCAAUUAUAAUAAGGCAUCAAUUUUUAUUCAGAUUUUCCCAGAUAAUCGAGAAAAUUUUCAACGUUAUUUUUCUUGGAGAGAUUCUAGGUUGUACAAUACAAUUUUGCUUGCAAGGUUUCUUUUUAUGCACGCUGAGUACCGAAGAUGUUGGUUUGUUAGUGAUGUACAUAUUUUUUAUGGUAUUUUUCAUAGGACAUAUUGGAUCUCAUUUAUUUAUCUGUUGUUAUGUUUCUGAGAGACUACAGGAUGAGAGUGUAUCGAUAGCAAAUGCAGCAUACAAAUGUCAAUGGUACCAUUUACCAGCUAAGGAUGUCAUGUUGUUAGUAAUGGUGAUUAACAGAGCAAAAGAUCCUAUCCAAAUAACAGCAGGCAAAUUUUGCGUUUUCUCACUUAGUCUUCUUGCACAAAUUUUUAAGACUUCUGGAGGCUAUUUGUCAAUGUUAUUAGCCGUAAGAGAUAAAAUAACCAUUGUUGUGUGUCAGCUAAGCGCCAACGUUGUCGCUUGGAUGGAAGAGGCUAAUUUUGCGGUAAAUUUGAGUCGUCUAUGUCUGUGUUUUGUUGGAGUUUGGCCUAAUUUGCAAUGUUCACGGUUUUUCGAAAUUGUCUCAAAUGCUGUGUUCAGCGUCUCAUCGAUUCUCAUCAUCUACUUCAUCGUCAUACCUCAAACGACAAAGCUAUUUUACAGUGACAGAGAUCUUGACAUAAUAGUCGACAUACUUUGCACCGCAGACAUUCCGAUCAUCGUCGCCCUGAUUAAAAUGUUUGUUCUACGCUAUGAUUCCAACGUCAUGAGAUAUCUGCUUGACCAACUUUUUAAGGACUGGAAAUCUCCACAGACCGAGUCUCGCAGAGCAACAAUGCGCGACAGCGCUAAAUCUGGCCGCAUGAUAGCCGCAGCCUGCAUGGGUAUAGCCUAUGGCACCUCUAACGUAUUUUUCUUCCUACGACUAAUAAUGCUGCGUCAGAAGCAAGCACGCACCGGGCACCGGGCUUUUCUAUUCGAAUCGCACUUUCCCUUUGAUGUCUUUAACAGUCCAUGGUUCGAGGUCACCUGGAUCAUCCAAGCUUUCUGCACCUUUUCUGCUACAACGGCCUACUCUGGAAUCGACAGCUUCUUUGCGGUGCUUGUAUUACAUCUAUGUGGACAGCUGAUUAUUCUUGGAGACGAGCUGAACUCGCUUGCAUUCCAGAAGGAUACAGAGGGUAUUAAAGAAGACAUCGCGAAGAUAGUUAAAAGACAUUAUGAAUUGAAUAAGUAUGCUGAGACAAUCGAAACAACUUUCAAUAAAAUGUUUUUAGCUCAAAUAAUAGCUUGUAUUGUGCAAUUCUGCCUGCAAGGUUAUCAGAUAAUAAGCAUUUUAAUAGACAAAUCACUGGAGCUUCCAUAUUUUCAGUUGAUCUUCAUGGUUAUGUAUAUAUCUUACAUGUCCUUAGAUCUUUAUAUUUACUGUUAUGUAGCAGAAAAAUUACGUGGAAAGAGCAUAGAAAUAGCAGACGCAGCUUAUAACUGCAAAUGGUACAACUUCCAGAAAAAAGAAGUGUCUGAUCUUAUUCUUAUUAUGAAACGAGCCCAAUAUCCACUUGAUAUUACAGCUGGAAAAUUUUGUUCUUUAUCGCUAAGAUUAUUUGCUAUUAUUGGAAAAACUUCAUUAGGUUAUUUGUCAAUGCUUUUGGCAGUAAAAGAAAGGAUUAACUAGUUCACCGAAAUUUAAUAAGCAAUAGAAUACCUGAAGGUGACAAAGGGA